AUGAGACAAGACGGGAGAGAGGGGAAGGUUGAAGAACUGGCUAUCCAAACUCAAAAAGAAAGAGAAGAAAUGGUGGGUUUUAUGGAAAAGAACAAACAAAAGCAGAACGAACUGGAACUCAUGAAUGACAAGAUUGAAAGAGAGAAACAAGACAUUGAAGAAAGUCGGGAUGUGCUAACAAAGGAGAGAGAGGAGCUGGAACAAAUGAGGAGUGAGAUACAGCAACAGAGAGAGGAGACAGAAUCUCACAUGGAAGACCAAAGGAAAGAGAAAGAACAUUUGGAACAAAUGACGACGGACAUGAAAAAACAGUUGCUAGAGGUGGAUAAUGACAAGGAAAUGAUAGAAAGCUCAAUGGGUGAACUGAGAGUGAAAGAGGCAGAAAUGGUGAGAGAAAUAGACAACAUGGAUAACAAGAUGGCUAGGCUCAAAGAGGAAGAGGAUGGAAUGCGGGAAGAAAUAGGAAGGAAGAUGGACAUCUUAAAGAAGGAAAGUUGUGAAAUCAAAAGACUUAGAGAUGAAAUUGACAGUGAAAAGGACCAGCUGAAUGCAAAAUUGCUUGAGUUGGAAAAAAUGCGUGAAGAACUAGAUAGAGAGAAGAAGGAAGUGAACAACAGGAAGGAUGAAACACUGAAAGAGAAAGAUCAGUUGGAAGAGAGGCGAGGUAAGAUAAGUAAGGAGAAAGAGGAAUUGGAUAUCAGUCUAGAACUGAUGAAAAGACAAAGGGAAGACUUGACAAGCUUGAAGGCUGAAGCAGAAGCACAGACCGAGCCUAUGGAAAUAGACUGGAAGGAAAAGCUCACGAGGGAAAGACAACAACUUGAAGAUGUAAAGGAGGAGAUACAGAAGGAAAAAGAAGCCUUUGAGAGAAAGAAGGGAUUGACCAUGAAAGAAAGAGAUGAGUUUGAUCUGAUGAAGUCUGAAACCCAGGGACAAUUGGAGGAAAUAGAACAAAACAAACAAGACAUUCGUGUGGAGAAGGAAAAGCUGGAUCAGAUCAAAGCUGAGUUAGAAAGACGGUCUGAAGACGUAAAUCAGGUCAUGGAUGAGACAAGACGGGAGAGGGGGAAGGUUGAAGAACUGGCUAUCCAAACUCAAAAAGAAAGAGAAGAAAUGGUGGGUUUUAUGGAAAAGAACAAACAAAAGCAGAACGAACUGGAACUCAUGAAUGACAAGAUUGAAAGAGAGAAACAAGACAUUGAAGAAAGUCGGGAUGUGCUAACAAAGGAGAGAGAGGAGCUGGAACAAAUGAGGAGUGAGAUACAGCAACAGAGAGAGGAGACAGAAUCUCACAUGGAAGACCAAAGGAAAGAGAAAGAACAUUUGGAACAAAUGACAACGGACAUGAAAAAACAGUUGCUAGAGGUGGAUAAUGACAAGGAAAUGAUAGAAAGCUCAAUGGGGAACUGAGAGUGAAAGAGGCAGAAAUGGUGAGAGAAAAAGACAACAUGGAUAACAAGAUGGCUAGGCUCAAAGAGGAAGAGGAUGGAAUGCGGGAAGAAAUAGGAAGGAAGAUGGACAUCUUAAAGAAGGAAAGUUGUGAAAUCAAAAGACUUAGAGAUGAAAUUGACAGUGAAAAGGACCAGCUGAAUGCAAAAUUGCUUGAGUUGGAAAAAAUGCGUGAAGAACUAGAUAGAGAGAAGAAGGAAGUGAACAACAGGAAGGAUGAAACACUGAAA